UCAGCCGUCCAAUAUACUAAAAACUUCAAAAAAAAGUCCAACAAUAAGAAACACAUACACUAAAACAAAAUUAGGAGAAAAAGAAAGAAAAACAAAAGGCAUUCAUCGUAGCGUAUGAACUAGGCUGUAAGCUCUUGCACACAAAAUUUGAAACAAGGCAGCUAUAUGUACGUUAUUUCUCAUCCGUCCUUAAACAAUUAACUGCGGUCAUGUCCUUCCAUAUUGAUCGAAAGCUGAUCUCUGAAUCUCUUGUUAAUCCAACCAGCAAAACUUGUAGCAGCUAUUAUUGCAACCCACAGGUGUAUCAUUCUAUAGUUUGUCCGCUUCAAUGUUUUAAUACUUGCCCGCGUAUUUGUCUGCUUCCAGAAUUCGAACCCUCACCACCAUCAUCACCACCACCAACACCACCAAAUUUCACACCAAAAGUUACUCUUUCGCAUUCUCCAAAUAAACACACUGUUUCCAUCCUCUUGAUCCUUCUAAUUUCAGUCUUGGGCAUUGCUAUCUACAUAUUAUGUGCCUACGCCAUUCACAAAUUCCGCAACUCAAGAACUUCUUCACAACCGGAGCAACAAGUAGGAGGAGGAGGAGAAGAAGAGUUUAGUGAUAUUCAAACAGUGGGUCUUCAGCAAUCAGUAAUAAGCGCCAUCACAAUCCACAAGUAUAAAAAAGGUGAAGGGCUAAUUCAAGGAACAGAGUGCUCUGUUUGCUUGAGUGAGUUUCAAGAAGACGAAACUCUUAGGAUUUUGCCAAACUGUAACCAUGCUUUUCACAUACCUUGCAUUGACACUUGGCUCGAAUCACACAUCAAUUGUCCCAUGUGCCGUGCCGACAUUGUCAUCAAAAUUCCCAACACUGCAGCUUUCAUUGAGCAAAACGCGUGAUCAUCUAAAUUGUUGAGAAACAUACUUUUAUUUACUUUUAUAACAUGAACAUGCCUCUUAGCUUAUAUUCAGACAUAAUUCUUUUCCAUGUUUUUUUUUAUAAUGGAUAGCUAUGAGAUUCAAACUCAGGGUCUUUGCCACUUUAUAACAUACUAAUGAAAUGUGUGACUAUUUUAUCUAAAAACUAAGUUAAUAGACAAAGUACACUUUAUUUUCUUAGUCAUCUCUAUAUUGCAUAAUUAGCGCUGAGACUUGACCAGGAAAAUCGUGCAGAAAAUACCACGGACUUAAGGAUUGACAUUCGAAAAAAAGACGAUUCAGGAGAUCUAAGUACUUUGGGCAUCAGUGUAAGUUCAAUGGAAGAUGUGGUGAAUGCUCCUGAAGUCUGAAGGAGAGAAAUAAAGUUCAUGAUGGAAGAAGUACUUAAACAGCGGAAGCAAAAAAUCCAUAAACUUUGCAUGUGAAAUAGACAACAUACAUAUCAAAUUUUAUUCAAACAUAAAUCAAGGAAUACCUCUUGAAGUGUGUGAUAAUCUUAUGAACAUCUUUGAUCCGCAAUCUUCUGUUGUGUGAUCCCAGUAACAACAGGACUUAAGACUCGUGUGAGAAAGUCAGCUUCUCAGAUAACUGACAUUGGUUAAAGUGAAGCUUGUACACUCUGGAAUGAAAAAUAGUGCAAUAUUUCAUUGAAAAUACUGUGAUGCCAAGAGCUUUAAACUAUCAAUGCAUAUGAGUAGUUAAUUUCUUGGAACAAUGAAUGUCCAACUUGCCAUGAGCCAGCUUAGAUUGGGCAGAACAAGGAGGAAAAACAAUGGCAGCUUUUGUAAAUCUGUCUUACUCAGCCGUCUGAUAUACAGAAUUCACAAAAGUCCAAUAAGAAGAACCACAGAAUUGAAGAAGAAAAAAUAAAGGGCAUUCAUUGUCAUGUUAUAAUUUCGUUAGGAUCCAUGAUGUAAGAUGCUCCAUAUUCUCUUGGACACAAAAUUUGAAACAAGUCACAAGCCAGCAGCUAUAUGUAUCAUGUAUGUUUCUUCUCAUCUCUUGUUAAACAAUUAGCUGCAGCCAUGUCGUUUCAUAUUGAUCGAAAGCUGAUCUUUGAUAAUUCCACCGGCAAAACAUGUGGCUGCUAUUAUUGCAACCCAGAGGUGUAUCAUUCUAGAAUUUGUCCAGUGUCCUGUUUUUAUAUUUGCCAGAAUAUUUGUCUUUUUCCAGACAUUGAACUACCAAAAGAUUUCACAACUGAAGUUCCUCUUUCGCAGUCUCCACAAAAAGACACUGCCUCCAUCUUCUUGAUAAUUCUGUUUACAGGCUUAGGAAUUGCUGUCUACAUAUUUUGUUCCUUCGUCAUUCACAAAAACUCAAGAACUUCUUCACAGCCGGAGCAGGAAGUAGUAGUAGAGUAUAAUUAUGUAUAAUCCUACUAUGCAGAGUUUAAAGUAGAUAUGGAAGUUAUUUUCAAAAGAUUGUUAACUCAAAAACAUCAAACUCAAGUAAUAUUAAAUAUGAAUUAAUAUAAAUAUUAUAGUAAAAUAUUUUUGUAAAUCAUUAUAUGUGAGGGCACAUAAAAAAAA